GUUGAGCAAGGAGCACAAAAGGAUUUUGUUUUUCUAUAUUGAAUCAAAUGCGAAUUGCGGCUAGGAGAGAGAUAUUACUGUGUCUCGAGAGACAUGCGAGGAGCUCAAGCUUUAAACUUUCUCCGCAGAACAACGACGUUAGCUCAACAUUUGUCCCCUGCACCGCCGCUUACGGCGGCGACUCGUUUAGCGUUGCGUUCGUUUCUUGAAGAGAACCCUAACGACCUCGUUUAUACCCAUAACCGCAAGAUUGAUGAACUGAUUAAAUCCGGGGACCUGACAUCUGCAUACGAAGUGUUCGAUGGAAUGUCCGUACGAGAUGUUGUUACUUAUAAUCUUCUUAUCUCUGGUAAUAGCCGAAAUGGGUGUUCUAUAAGAGCUAUCGAACUCUACGCGGAGAUGGUCUCUCAUGGUCUUAGAGAGAGCGCUUCUACGUUUCCUUCCGUUCUGAGUGUGUGUAGCGAUGAAUGGUUCUGUAGAGAAGGAACUCAAGUUCACUGCAGGGUGAUUUCUCUCGGGUUUGGAUGUAAUAUGUUCGUCAGGUCUGCACUUGUGGGUCUUUAUGCUUCUUUGCGGCUUCUUAAUGUUGCUCUGAAGCUGUUUGAUGAAAUGUCUGAGAGGAAUUUAGCUGUUUGUAAUUUGCUCUUGCGAUGUUUUUGCGAGACAGGAGAUUCCAAGCGGUUGUUUCGAGUGUACGAAAAGAUGGGACUUGAAAGUGUUACUGAAAAUGGGUUAACUUAUUGUUAUAUGAUCCGUGGUUGCUCUAAUGAUCGGUUGUUAUACGAAGGGAAGCAAUUGCAUUCUCUAGUGGUUAAAUCUGGAUGGGACAUUUCUAAUAUAUUUGUGGCUAAUGCGCUUGUGGACUUGUACUCUGCUUGCGGCGAUUUGUCCGGUUCUAAGAAGUCAUUCAAUGCUGUCCCAGAAGAGGAUGUGAUAUCGUGGAACUCGAUUGUUUCUGUGUGUGCAGAUUACGGGUCUGUGCUUGAUUCACUUGAUUUGUUUAGCAAGAUGCAGUUUUGGGGUAAGAGACCAUCGAUACGGUCAUUCAUGUCGUUUCUGAAUUUCUGUAGUAGAAAUAGCGAUGUUCAGUCCGGGAAGCAGAUACAUUGCUUUGUCCUCAAAAUGGGUUUUGACGUUUCAAGUCUUCAUGUUCAGUCUGGUCUAAUUGACAUGUACGGAAAAUGCAAUGACAUUGAGAGUUCUGUGUCGUUUACCAGAGUUUGCCUGGCCUGACUUUAGAGUGCUGUAACUCGCUGAUGACUUCUCUUAUGCACUGUGGCAUCACUAAAGAUAUCAUCGAGAUGUUUGGUUUGAUGAUUGAUGAAGGAACUGGAAUCGACGAAGUCACUCUUUCUACUGUCCUCAAGGCUUUAUCAC